UCAAAUCUUCCAAAAAUACUCUCAUAAACCCUCUACCCCUCGAUUAUAAAUUUAUUACAAUACUGCCCUCCUCGGCCUUCCUUUCUCUCCAUUCUAUUCCUUUUCUUCUUCUUCCGGCAAUACCCGGCGUCGCCCCCCUUCUCUCAUUGCCGCUUCGGCGCUUGGAUUCAAUUUUGAAUCAAGAGAUUGCUCCGAAGACAUCCUCCUUCUGUGAUUCUAGAAUAUUCUGUUUUUCUUCAAAUUGCUUCUCAAGCUGUUUGGCUGCUGCUUCUGGUUAGAGUUUAGAGCUUUGCAUGCUGUAAAAGAACACAGGUUUGUUGAUCCAAAUGGAACUGAAAGCUUCAUCACCUAAUCUUGGUGGUAGUUCUCCUGAUCGCAUAAUUGAUCCAGAGGAGAAAGAGGUCAGUGAUGAGGAUGAUCGCAACCAUAAGCAUCGCAGGUGGGACCGACACCCUCAAUCAUUAGAGGGAGAUCCUAUGGAUCCACUAUUUACAAGACCAUACAGAAAGCACAAGAAACCCUUUGAAAACGGGCAUCCUGUCAGAGAAAGUGAAUCUCAAGGUGGUGAAGCCUGGAAAACAUGUAAUGGUUUGCCUCCAGAAAAUGACUUGACAUCUAAGUUUGAUAAAAGACACCCUGGAUUUGCGUCAAUUACCCAAGGAAAUUUGGAUCUGAACCAGAGAAUUAGGUCAAACCAAACAUUCAGUGGAGAUUCUGGUCCUGGUAAGGGAAGAGGAAGGAAUAACUCUUUGUGGAAUCAACAUGAUCCUAGAUUCAACUUGGUUGAUAGGGCUUCUCAAAUGGUUCAGCUGGGUUCUUUUGCUCCAAGUCUCUUCGCAAGAAGGGGAUUUCCAAAUGUUUCAAGUGCACAAACCCCAUCAUGGAGUGCCUUUGGGCUUAUGCCGGCAAUACCUAAUAGUAGCCUCGAUACACUCCAUCCUCUUGUUUUACAAGGGGCUCUCAGGCCACCUAAGAAUCCUUCAUUCAAUAGGGGCAUUCCUCUCCAACGUUGUAGAGACUUUGAGGAGCGCGGAUUUUGUCUAAGAGGAGAUAUGUGCCCAAUGGAGCAUGGGGUCAAUCGUAUCGUUGUUGAAGAUGUUCAGACUCUGUCACAGUUCAACCUUCCUGCUGCAGUUCCAACUGCAAAAUUGUUGCCAACACCUGCUGGACGUGGAGCACUACUUUCAGGUUUUCCUCCAACAGCUUCAAUGAAUAGCAACGAUGUACAUAGAAAAAAUUGCGAACUUGGAAUGGCUGAGGAAGCCAUAGGUAUGAAUAGUGCUGGUUCUACCAUUGUAAGUGGUGCUGAUUUGUAUGAUCCUGAUCAACCGUUAUGGAAUAACAAUGGUCUGGAAACAUCGACUGCACUCUCAGGACUACAUUCACCCAAGAUUGAUGAAACAGAAUCGUUGCAAAAUGAUGAUAUCUCUGAUUGUCAUCAUGGAAGGUUACAUGAUGCUGUAAUGGGUAGAACUGGUAUCUUAAGAACAAGAUUAGAUACCAAACAUAAAAUUGAUCUCUCAUCCUUGGAUUGUCUUGAGAAUGAAAUCAAGGAAGAACAACAAGCAUAUCCUAGCUCUCAAGGUACUUCUAGUCAGGUGAAGUGGAUCAGCAGUGAGAAUGAUGGCUCCAAAAUUAUGGAUUCAUCAUUGAAGUCACAGACUGAUAGUUUGCGUAAUAGCAGAAAACCAACUCAAAAGGCACAACGUACACUGUUUGUCAAUGGGAUUCCCCAGAAAAGCAACAAAAGAGGGGCUCUUCUUUCUCAUUUUUGUAAGUUUGGAGAGGUUAUUGACAUUUAUAUUCCAUUAAAUAGUGAACGGGCCUUCGUACAGUUUUCAAGGAGGGAGGAGGCGGAAGCUGCUCUGAAGGCACCUGAUGCUGUAAUGGGUAACCGAUUUAUUAAGCUGUGGUGGGCCAAUCGAGAUAACAUUCCUGAUGGUUGUAUAAACAGUGGCAGUGGUACAUCAGUAACUUCUCGUGGUCUAAUAGCUUCUGCUAUUCCAGCUCAGCCUGCUGCAAGUAGAGGAAAAGAUAAUGUUCAACCUGUUCCUCAGAAGAGCAACAUUAGCCAUGGUGUUGAUGUGCCUUCUAUGAAUUCCCCCAAGCCUCUCAGUAUGAAUGGUCCCAUGGUUCCACCCCCACUGCAGAAAAAGUUAGAGACUUUGGAGCGGAUGAAAGAGAAACUACGCAAGAAGCAGGAAAUGCUGGAACAGAAGCGGAAUGACUUUCGACGCCAGUUGGACAAACUUGAGAAACAAUCUAGUGGGGUCAAAGGCAAUACUGAACAAGCUGCCAAGAGGCAAAAGGUGGGCAUUGCGGCUGAUCCUGCCAAACCUUCAACUCCAAUAUUCUUUGGACCUGGCGCUUCUGCUGCAACAUCAUGCACUAUGGACAUGACAGAUAAGGACCUGUCAACGGAGAAUGUUCUGUACCACAGUCCUAAAUCAAAGCAGUGGUCUUCUCAGUCGGCACCAGUAGCACAUCCAUUCCCGGUGAAUAAAUACAAAUUGGAUAACAGGCCUACUGCUUUUAGAGUUAUUUCACCAUUGCCAUCCGAUCUUGCACAUGUUGAUGUUUUGAAGGAGCACUUCUCACAAUAUGGUGACCUUUUCUCUGUGGAGCUGGAGGAUGUGGAAAAUGAAGAUGAUGGUAUGGUAUCUGAGACAUUGAAGAAUUGCUCAGCUCAUAUAACUUACAGCACAAGCCUCUCGGCAGAAAGGGCAUUUGUAAAUGGUAAAUGCUGGCAAGGCAACAAUCUGCAGUUUUCAUGGCUAAUAUCUAGCAAUUCGAGCAAUGAUCCUAAUAGCAAAGAAACCUCAUCUUCCACACCAAAGGAGCCUUUAGAAGCCAAUGAUGUCCAGACAGAAGAAAACUUUGCAUGCAGCAUCUCCCAGGAAGUUGCUUCGGACUAUAGGGAAUCUGCGGAUUCCGAUGUUAAGAGUUUUGUUGAGCAUACGGGCUUGGCUGAAGUUUCAGAGCAUAGUCCAUCAAUAUCUAGCGUGAAAGUGUCACCUAAAAGCAAGGAAUGUUGAAGAUAAGGGGAUGUUUUGGGUUUUUGUACAGUAAGGUAAAAACAUUCAAUUUGUUUGAAGUUGUAGCCACCACAAGGUUUAACAGUUCUACUUGAGUGGCAAAUAGUGUCAUGUUUUGAGAUUAAUUUUUAGGACAAAGGAUUAAAAGUUAAAAAAGAAAAGAAAAAUCCAUUGUGAUUUUACUGAAA